UGAAGAAUUCUGGAAUCGUCGUUUCAUGAGUUCCAAUUUAGUCGUUGAUAGUCCAGAAGAACCCCAAAUAUCAAGACAGUCUACAGCAAAUUCUAGUGGAAAUAUUAACACUGAAAAAAAUACAGUUACACCAAAAAAACGAACCUAUCGUAAACAACUUGAAAGCGAUGAAAUUAUUGCAGAAAAAGUGUUACGCCUAGAAAUUGAUACAGCGAGGAGAUAUUACAACACUGAUAAAAAAUGAAAAAUCAGGAAAGUAUAAAGAAAAAUUAUCAGUACCACAAAAAAGGAGUUACAUGCCAAUUCUAAAUAAUGACAAAACACCAACAAUACCAAAAUAUUUAUUAGGAAAAAGUUUUCAUAAGAAUCACUUGCAUCGCAACAAAUGCGAUGAAAAAAAGCAACCCAUAGAAGUAUCUUCCAAUGAUAAUGAUGGCCCUAAUAUAGAAAGUAACUUAUCCAAAGAACAUAAUGAAGUCAUUAAAAAAUUAGAAGCUAAUAAUGAACCUUCAAAUGACGUUAUAAUACCUGAAGUGUCUACUGAUAAAGUAAAAGAAACACUAAAAGAACAAAUAAUUCAUUUAGAACCCGCAAAAUAUGAAGUAAAAGAGCAGCUCCUAGAAAUAUCUUCUUCUGAAAGUUCGAAUUUAAAAAGAAAGUCAUCCGAUAAAGAUGAGAAAAGCAUAAAAAAGGCAAAAAUUAGUUCUGAACUUUUACAUGCGACAACGUCAAAUGACGUUACAUUACCGGAAGUGUCUACUGAUAAAGUCAAAGAAACUCUAGAAGAACAAAUAACCCAUUUAUAACACACAAAAUAUGGAGCAAAAGAGCAACAACAAAAGUUAUCAUCUCCCGAAAGCACAAAUUUAAAGAGAAAAUCAUCCGAAAAAGAUGAGAAAAUCA